AUGGAAGAAGAAGCGGUAGCAGACUUUAAUCUGGAUGAUUUUGACUCUGAAGAUGUUGAAACAGAGCUGUUUAACCCACUGCAUAAUGUUGGUGCCAGACUUAGAAACAUCAGUGUCACUUCUGGUCAUACUGACCAACAUAAUAUGACUACUUCUUGGCUAUCAAUUUUAAAUACCCUACCUGUUUCAGAGGUUGGUUCUGUGUUUCAAAAGCCAGUCAAACAAAUGUUACCAUUUGGAAUCGAUCAUUUGCCAAAUUUCUCUGGUACCGACAUGAUUUCAUGCAUCAAGAAUACUCCAAAUAAUCAACUUAAUCCGGGACUCGGAAAAUGUAAUAACGGACCUUUUGAAUUGUCGAUUAAACCAAAUAUUCGUACACAUACAUGGGACAGGAGUAAUAAUGCCUUACCAACCAGCCAAGUUGAAUCAUCUGUAACUAUAUCUGAUGGAACUAGAACAGCUUCAGUUUCUUCUAACGUUUCAACAUCACAUUCAUUUACAUUAACUUUCCAUCCUGAUGGAGACAACUCACAUACAUCGGAGCCAGGAGAAUUUGGAGUAUUAUCAUUAAAUACUGCUAUAGAUGGUUUUGAUUCAUAUACUGAAGAAUAUUUAGCUGCGUCAAUUGAUUUACGUGAACGUCGGUCUGCUCGGCUAGCCCGACAGAUGAGGAUGCGUGAACGAAUUGAAAGUAUGCGAAUGCGAAUGCGUGAGGCGGAUAUGGAACGUAAACGAUGGCUACCGGUUCGUCUACUCCAGUACCUUCGCCGAUUUUACGCUGAGAGUGGUUAUGUAAGGAGUACAACCGGUGCUGUAAUCAGCAGUGUUCUUAUAAUUGCUGUCGUCAGUUUUGUGCAAUUGCUACAUCUGCUGGUAGUUCAUUUUAUUCUAACAUCUGAAUUUGUUUACCACUAG